UGCGUCGUAUCGUGUUUGUGUAACACCCACCCCUAUCGCUGCCAGGGGGGGCUUCGAGGCUCGAGCUCUCGGGUUCGGGUGGUCGUCGCGGGAUCAUAUUAAUGGCACUCACUUCAGACGAGUGCGUGAACGAGGGCAGAUCUGAGAUUUACGACUUUACGACAUUCAUUCGAGAUCGUAUAGUCGUACGUACCUUGGGAAACGGCAAACCUUCAAUUUUGCCCUUGAUUUUCUUCCACUUUGAUCCGGUAGUCACGAAUUCCGGGUAUAUCUCAAUGGCCGUUCCCUCAUUGGUCAUGUCGGCUGUCGUCUGUAAUGUAAAUUAUACAAAGUACAAAGUAUCAAAAUGUCCUGGCAACAAAGAUGGAAAGUCUCGGUGUUCGUCUCGGGGCUCAUGUCGUUGCCGGCCCGGUACUGCAUGUAACUGUCGGACUCCCGUAACUGGCUGCCUUCAGAUUACGCGAGUCCGACGAUUAUACCUUUCGUCACCUUGUGGACUUGGAGAAGGCAGAGCAUUGUGUGAACAUGAUUGACGACAAGGCGAGGCAAGGUGCUGGGACACCUCGACCUCCCUUGCUUUGACGACGCAGCCAAUCACAACCUCUCUAUCCUUUCCAUGGAGAACGAACGGAGAGCGUAUGUGCGCUUGUUCCUAACUGCAGAUUGGGAUUGUGCAUUGUCGCAGAUCAUGCACCUCACACUGGAGAUGGGAUGGG